CGGCCCUUAUAGUUCCGGUUGUGGCGCCCAGGCGGAAAGUUGAAGCGGACGGACUGUGGCCGGCGAUGGGCUUGGGCAUUUCACUAUUUGUAGCUUGUUGUCUGCAUUCUGACUGGGCUCGCUUGGAUUCUGUUCACCAUGCCAACAGUGGUGGUGAUGGCCGUGUCCCUCUCCAUGACUUGGCCUGUGUCAGUCGAGGGGUCUGAGGAAUACCAGCGGAAGCACCUUGCAGCCCAUGGGUUGACAAUGCUGUUUGAGCACAUGGCCACAAACUACAAGCUUGAAUUCACAGCAUUAGUGGUUUUCUCAUCGCUUUGGGAGCUGAUGGUCCCCUUCACAAGAGAUUAUAACACCCUGCAGGAAGCACUGAGUAACAUGGACGAUUACGACAAGACAUGCCUAGAGUCCGCACUGGUUGGUGUCUGUAACAUUGUUCAGCAAGAAUGGGGCGGUCCGAUCCCUUGCCAGGUCGUUCUGGUGACGGACGGCUGUCUCGACAUUGGUAGAGGGUCCCUGCGACAUUCCCUAGCGACACACAAUCAAAGGAGCGACAGCAACAGGUUCCCGCUGCCUUUCCCUUUCCCGUCUAAGUUAUACAUCAUGUGCAUGGCAAACCUGGAAGAGCUUCAGAGCACCGAUUCCCUGGAAUGCCUUGAACGUCUCAUAGACCUCAACAACGGUGAAGGGCAAAUUUUUACUAUUGAUGGCCCCCUGUGCUUGAAAAACGUGCAGUCUAUGUUUGGAAAGCUGAUAGACCUGGCAUAUACGCCUUUCCAUGCUGUGUUCAAGUGUGGCCACCUGACCGCUGACGUCCAGGUCUUCCCCAGGCCAGAGCCAUUCAUUGUAGAUGAAGAAAUCGAUCCUAUCCCAAAAGUCAUUAACACAGUGUGCCAAUGAGUCAGGCCUGACCCUGAAUGUGCCAUGCAAUGUAUGAAGCCCUGAGGCAGGCCUGCUGGACAUGCUGGUGAUGAACCUGGUCCCUGCCUACCAGAGAGGCGAUCUCUUCUAUGUUGGAAACUUCCUCCACAAUUAUAGACAGUGGGGGGCAAUGGAGCAAGUGCUGGCUAUUGUGUUCAAAAAGUACAGAUUCCCGGGCGCUAACUCCGAGGAAGAUGAACAAGUAAAGAAUGAGAAUAUUGGAGAAUUAUCUAUCAGAAGCUUCUAGACGUGGGUGGUGAAGAUCAGCCUGCUUGCAGGAGUCUCCUCCUGCUUCCCACCAUCAGCCUUUGUUGCAUCUUCACCGUGUGGAUGGACUGUUAUCCUGCUGAUUUCCGAGAGCCCCAGAACCGACACCCGGUGAAAGAACUGACCCACUAUGCCAUGCUCUGCAUGCCCUCCUCGGACCUGCUCCUCCACCUCCACAUUCUCCUGAAUGAGCUGGAGGAGACCAGGAAGAAUGAGACCAAGAAACAGAGGAAGAAGUCCCUGUGUGGUCACCUCAGAGCUUGCUUUGGCCACCAUAGAGCAGCUUCUCCUGACCUCCCAAGAAAGAAGCCCUCGGUGAUGUCAGGGAUGGUGAUGGAUGGAGAUCUGGAGCCCUCGCUGGACUCCACAAAGCAUGUGCAUGUAGAGGGGUUGGAUGCAUUUGCAGUGAGGCCCCAACGGGUUGUGAGUCCUGUGGAUAUGCCACUGGUUCUGAACCCCAUAUGUGACAGAGCUGCACCUGUAGGGACCCCAAAGAAAGAAGAAGGUAAUAGUGAUUGUCUUCCUGUGACUUUCACAGGCGGCCCAGAUCAGCUCAAAAAGGGUCAAAUCAGCACUCCUCCUGGUGUGCUGGAGGGAGUAGCACACGUGUGGAUGAUGGAAAAUGUCCCCAGUGUGUGUUCAGAGGAACCAAUGAGUGAGGUCCAAACGUUAGAUGCAGCUCAGGAAAGUAAAUCUGUCCUCACAGAACAUCAGGACAAAUCUGUCCUGCUGCAGGAGAGCCAAUCUCCAACUGAGAAAUUAGAAUCUGCCUCUCUCUCAACUCCAGGAACAAAUCCUAUCUUUCAUGAGGAGGUAGAUCCCUUGGAGGAUUCUGAGGUAGAAUUUAUGUCUGAAGGCAACUUAGAAGCCGGCCUAGACUUAGAGCUUCCCUCCCCUCUCCCUGGCGAUAUCUCUCUUUUCUUUUUGUCCUGAUUGUUGUAAAAUGUUCAUUCUUUUUAUUCUUCUGAAUUCAUUAAGAUGUAUGUUUAUGUUGUACAAUUUAUAGAUCCUAAAUACUGUGGGUUUUUUAAUGUACAUUCUGAUGUCCCAGACACAUGUGUCCUGAGUAAGGGCAAAAGACAGAGUGACCUGGAGCUGUUCAAGAGCACUAACUGGCUAUAGAGGGAAGUGUUCAGUGCACUGUGAGGGGCAAGGAACCCAGCCCAUGCCUGCAUGGGGUGAUCAGGCCACUACUAAAGCUCUAGGACAUAGCAAACCAGAUGUCCUUGAAAGUUGUUCUGUCACACUAAAUGUACUAAAUGGGGGACUUUCUUCCAUUAGUGAAGUCAAGUCAGUACGCACCCCUAUUUUGCUCUGGGCAAAUAUGUAAGAACAUUUCACCUCAAAAUAACAUCAAAAAGCUACUUUGAGGGAAAAGUAUUUGACAAAAUACAUGGGAAAUAGGUAAAAGCCAACAUCAAUAAAAGAAAGAAAACUUAGUCAGAGGGACAAAGACAUGCCAGGUGUCCUGGCCCAUCUCAAUAAUUCUAGUUUCAAGAGUGCUCUAUACUUCCUCAGGAUGGAGCUUCAAAUCAGCCCCUGUAGAAAAAUCUGAAAGACUUAUCCAAUGAGCCAGCAAAAGUCAAGAAGUCCUAGCAUGGCUGAAGUUACAUGUUUUAGAAUGGAACAAAAAGUAAGGAAGAGCUCAAUGUCCUGAGUUCAAAUUCCACUACUGGCACAAAAGAUGAAGACAUCUAGACAUGAAAUGUGGGCAAUGGUAGCUUUAAACCAUGGAACCAG